AUGCCUCUGCCGACUGACAACAAAGUUGUUGAGACCUCCCAAGGUCUUGUCGACGUGCUACACAACAUCUUCGGACCACAUCCGGGAUUCAGACCAGCACAUGCGAAGGGUGUCCUGCUCAGAGGUGUAUUUAGGCCCACGGACACAGCUGCUCGACUUUCACGGGCUCAACAUUUUACAAACCCCGAGACGCCGGCCAUCGCUCGCUUCUCCAGCUCUACGGGUAUACCCAAUCUCCCAGACACCGAUCCCAACGGCAACCCACGUGGCCUAGCCGUGCGCUUUCAACUCGCAGACUCUCCUCUUCGUGUCCACACCGAUAUUGUUGCGCACUCGACGCCGUUCUUCCCUGCUCCGAAUGGCGAGGAGGCGCUUGCCUUCUUCCAAAGCGUCGCCAAUGGUGACGUGGCUGACUACGUUGCUUCUCACCCAGCAGCGCUUGCCUUUGUGCAGGCGCCGAAACCUUUCCCGGCUAGUUUUGGACGGGAGACAUACUACAGCGUCAACGCUUUCAAGCUGAUUGCUGCGGACGGUACUGGGACUUUUGUCCGCUAUCGCUGGGUGCCAGUACGCGGUGAGAUGUACCUGGAGGGCGGCGAGGUUAGGAGCAAAUCUCCACGCUUCCUCUUCGACGGCGUCUCGGAAGUUUUACGCCAUGGUCCCAUCGAAUUCAAGCUCCUAGUGCAGGUGGCCGAGGAUGGUGAUGUGACUGACGACAACACUGUCCACUGGCCUGAGGAGAGACAAGUUCUUGAACUGGGACAGCUGUCUCUAACGGAGCUUGUGGACAAUGAUGCUGCAGAGCAGAAGAACAUUAUAUUCGAUCCUGUUCCAAGAGUAGACGGUGUAGAGCCAUCGGCAGACCCACUGCUAGAGGUGCGAGCAGGUGUUUAUCUUAUUAGCGGCCGUGAGCGACGACAAGCCUCUACGUAG